GCGGGGGCGCCGCGCACGCGCACGGGCCGGUGGCGCGCGCCGAGCGGGGGGCGCCGCGCGGUGCAGCCACGAUGGAAGGGGGUGCGUACGGAGCGGGCAAAGCCGGGGGCGCCUUCGACCCCUACACCCUGGUGCGACAGCCACAUACCAUCCUGCGCGUCGUGUCUUGGGUCUUCUCCAUUGUGGUCUUCGGCUCCAUUGUGAAUGAGGGCUACCUGAACAACCCGGAGGAGGAGGAGGAGUUCUGCAUCUACAACCGAAACCCCAAUGCCUGCAGCUACGGCGUGACCGUGGGCGUGUUGGCCUUCCUCACCUGCCUGGUCUACCUGGCGCUUGAUGUGUACUUCCCGCAGAUCAGCAGUGUCAAGGACCGCAAGAAAGCCGUGCUGUCUGACAUCGGUGUCUCGGCCUUCUGGGCCUUCUUCUGGUUCGUGGGUUUCUGCUUCCUGGCCAACCAGUGGCAAGUCUCCAAGCCCAAGGACAACCCUCUGAACGAAGGGACAGACGCAGCCCGGGCUGCCAUCGCCUUUUCGUUCUUCUCCAUUUUCACGUGGAGCCUGACUGCAGCCCUGGCCGUACGCAGAUUCAAGGACCUUACCUUCCAGGAGGAAUACAACACACUGUUCCCUGCCUCAGCACAACCAUAGUCCCUGAAGGACAGGGAGUCCACACUGUCAGCAGGGCCCAGUUGCAGGAAGUCCCAGUGUUGGAGAUGCUUGCCCACUAGGACAGGAUGAGGCUGUCUGGAGGAGCUCGCAUGGCUCACCACUGGCUCACUCAUGCUGUACUGCUUCCUUUGUUUACUCUGUGCUUUCGUUCCUUCAGUAAACAUUUAUUGAGCAGCCAUUUUGUGCCUGUGUUGAUUAGACAGCUCCCUGGCCCCUGGAGCCUAUUGUCUGGGGAGGGAACAGUAGCCAAACUCCCACAAAGUGGGGUGGGCUGUUAAAGGUCUGAAGUUCCUCCAUGAAGGGGCUGAGCUAUGGACAGUGAGAUAAACCUGUUCACGAUCACGGCGUGAAAGACUAGCCUAGUGCCUCCCUGGGCUGGCUACCUACAGAGCGCUAGCCUGGAAUGUUGGAGGACCUUUGGCCUGGCUCAGUUCUCCUGUGCCGUGUGACUAAGAGCAAAUUCUUGCACCACUCUGGUUUUUUUUUUUUCUUUUCUUUCCUUAUUUUUGGAGCUGGGGACCGAACUCAGGGCCUUGCGCUUCCUAGGCAAGCGCUCUACCACUGAGCUAAAUCCCCAACCCCCUUGCACCACUCUGAAUCUCAGUCAGUUUUCCUAGGCUGACUGAUAAUGGAUCAACGUCUCUAGGCAACUGAGUAAGGGCCAGCACAGGGCUUGGCACAGAGAUGCUCAAUAAAUGUCAGUUCUGUUGUUCAUUCAUUCGUUUGUUCGUUCGUUCAUUCAUUCAUUCACUCAUUCAUUCCUCCAGUGAGGUACAUCUCCAUAAGCCCUCCUUGUAACUACUUGUUCUGCCCGAAGACCUUGGCUUCCAGAUACUGGGCAGCACAGCCCCCGCUUUGUGUUCCCUGCAGGGGUGGAGGAUGCGGUGGGUAUGAGUGGUCCCCAGAGCGCUGCCUCUGCCUUGCUGUACUGAAUGCAGAGUGAGCCUGCAGACACGGGAGGCAUGCAAGGACAGACGGCCUGCUGUCACAUCAAGUGCAGGUCCCAGCACACGGAGCAGAAUCCUUCAGCAUCCCUCUCACGGCUCUGCUGGGCCAGGUCCUUCUCCUUUCCUGUCUGUGGUCUCUUGUACUGGCUGACCGAAGUAGGCAUUGACACAGGCAGGAUGGAGAAGAGCCACAGACACAGUUCUAAGUGCCUCUAGAUCUAGUUCUCAACCUUCUUAAUGCUGGGACCCUUUCAUAGGGUUCCUCCUGCUGUGGUGACCCCACCCACCAUAAAGUUUUUUCGUUGCUACUUCAUAAUUGUAAUUUUGUUGCUGUUAUGAAUCAGAUCAUAGAUAUCUGAUCUGUGACCCUGCAGAGGGGUCGCGAUCCACAGGUUGAGAACCACUGCUCUUAACUAGCGCACUCUUCCCCGGAAGGGUCUGUGGAAGUCAUUUCUCCAGCCUCUGUGUGGGCAUCAUGAAGUCAGGGAGUGAAGCCUGGUCUCCAUACCUCUCUAGCACGCAUCCUGUUUGCUUUCUGCCCUCUAACCGCAGCCCCAGAGGGCUCUGAUCACUCCUCAGGCCCCCAGGUUUGGGGCUGAAUUUCAGGACUCUUUGCCCUGGGUCCCCCUCCUGUCUGCCUUCAUCUUCCAAUUCAUGACCUAGGAGUGUAGGCUGGCAAGAGGUAGGGAAGGCUUUCUCUGAAUUACAGAGCUCAUCUAAUGUGCUCUUAAGUCCCCGAGGUCAGCACCCUUGUCUUCUCCCUGUACGUGGCUGCAGUCAGACCUUUCCCAGAUUGUGCUGAGAGAAACAGGACCCAGGGAUGUAGAACAGUCAAGGAUUUGAUGAACGCCCUGAUCCUGAAAUGUGGUUUAUUGUUUUGUCUUCCAAACUUGUCCCAAGUGUUUCAGCUAGAAUUAGUUUCAGUGGCCAGUGAUUUCCAUUCAAAUAAUAACAAACUCCAGGUCUGGCGAGAUUGAGUAGGGUUUGCAUAGUGGCUGUAGUGUCCUCGGUGAUCCGGGAUUCCUCCCCCCCCCCCCCAUCUUUUACCCAUCCUCCACCCUGGUGUGUUUUAGCAGCUAGAGCUCCAGCUAGCCCAUCUGCUCUCUAUGCAUUAGAUCAGGGAGUGGGACAAAGAACACAGCUGUAUCUCAUUGGCUGGGAGUUAGCCCAUGUGACCGUGCCUAGCUAUAAGAGAAACAGAAAGAUGGCUUUUAGAAGCUGUGAAGAGAUCUCUGUUCUAGGUACCCUUUUCUCCCAUUCCACGUAACAUCCCUGAGGACACAGUUCGGGAGCAGGCGGGAGCAGGCUGUGUGUCUCUGACCUUUUUUUUUUUUUUCCGGAGUUGGGGACCGAACCCAGGGCCUUGCGUUUGCUAGGCAAGUGCUCUACCACUGAGCUAAAUCCCCAACCCCUAUCUCUGACCCUUCUUAACCCUCCAUAGUGGAGUGGUCUUGUCUUGGGAUGCAUGGGCAGGCAACCUCUGAGGCUCUUUAUAGAUGACUGAUAAGGUCCUGGACCUCUGGAGGGGUGGCUGCGUGAACAGUCCUUUCCCUCAGUCAAGCUUGGUGCAUUGAAUGUCUGUAACCCUCUGCAUCCUGUCAACUAACCUCUACUAACCCAAUACUUUUUGUUUGUCUCUCCCUUAACCAUCCCUCCCACCUGUCCCCGUCCCCACCUGUCCCCGUCCCCGCCUGCUCCAUCCCAGGCGGGUCAGGCCGUGCUAGCCUUCCAGCGGUAUCAGAUUGGCGCCGACUCGGCCCUCUUCUCCCAGGACUACAUGGAUCCCAGCCAGGACUCCAGCAUGCCUUAUGCACCCUACGUGGAGCCCAGUGCUGGGUCGGACCCUACUGGCAUGGGUGGCACCUACCAGCAUCCAGCCAACGCCUUCGAUGCUGAGCCCCAGGGCUACCAGUCGCAGGGCUACUGAGCCCCCCCUGAUGGUGGUGACAGUGACCGCCUACCCUGCCCCUGCCCUUACAUCCUAGCUCCCCUCCCAAGCACCCUGCUCCCUCCCAGGUGACCCUGCCUCGCACAUGCUCAGCCUCCAAGUGAUUCCACUGAGGCCCAGUGCAGCUGGGGUGGGGAAUGAUGGGGUGUGUCCACAUAUGUGUGCAAGUGUGUGCCCAGGAGGGGUCUAGAGGUGGGGCCCAGGGUUACAGUCAUUCAUUGUGUCCUUGAGCAUUCACUGAGCACCUACAGUAUGCCAGGUCUUGCUCAGCUGGGGAGAGGGAGAAAGAUAGAGAGGAGUAAGGAAAGCUGAGGAGACCCUGUUCCAGACACAGGAGAGGUGGGACAUUUACUGGGAAGUUUGGCUGCAGGGGGCUCAGCCACACAGUGAGUGUGGUCAAUCACAGGAUGUGGGCCAUCAUACCCAGAAUCCCCUUCUGGGAUUGCCAGAGUUAUCUCCUUUUAUGGUUGAGGAAACCGAGGUCUGAGGGAUCAAGGCACUUUGUUCAAAGUCACUGAAGCGGCUGCUGAUGAGGCCACAUCAAGAUGGGUCAGAUAUAGAGCUCCUGCCAGCCUUCUCUACUUCCUGUUCCUACACCUAGGCUCUGUCACUCAGUGUUUGCUGAGGUGGGGUGGGGGCGGGGGCAGGGCAUCGCUUCAAGACAUGAGUCCAGAGAGACCCCAUGAUCUGCCUCAAACUGAGGACCUCCUCUGCCUCAGCUGCUUUCCUCGUGCAGGUCCCCUCCUCAGUCUUGGUCUUCUCCUAGAGUGCUCCCUCAAACUACCCUUGUCCCUUUGUGUUGCUCCGUGCUCAACAUGUCCCGUGGGGAACUCCUUUGGGGUGUGCCAGCAACUCCCUUAGCAGUUUCCCGGAGGAGUGGUAGCCAUCUCUGCCUCUUGGAGGGCUCACUGAGCCCUUUGCUCAUGGCUGGGUAGACAGGAGGCCAGGAGGAGGUGGAGAUGGACCCAAGGUCCCAGUAAAUGGUAAAGAUGACCUUGUAUCCUAAGUUUAUUGGCUCCAUCCACCCAGCAGGUAGCUGCACCCCCAGCAUCACCUGGGACACUGUCCUCUCUCUGCUUGUUUGGGUCAGCAAAGGUUCAGGGGUUAAGCAGUGGGAAUAGCUUUCUUUUUUUUUUUUUUUUUUUUUUCCCUUUUCUUUUUUUUCGGAGCUGGGGACCGAACCCAGGGCCUUGAGCUUGCUAGGCAAGCGCUCUACCACUGAGCUAAAUCCCCAACCCUGGGAAGAGCUUUCAAUUACAGGGUCAGUUUGAAAGCAGCCACACUACCCCAAAUGAGGCAGGAGUGAGACGCUGCAGAGAGACUUCCAGCCUCAGGAAAGAGAAUAGCUCGGGGUUGCCUCAAAGACAGAAGGGAAAGUAGGUGGGGCCUAAGGGGACAGCAAGGAGGCAUUUUCAUACAAGGUGCUUCCCUCCCUGGGAUAGAGGGAACACAGAGGGAGGUGGUCUGUGUCAUGCUCCUGUGCGUGCCCAGCAUACACAAGCUGGUUCCUGGGAAGUAGGUCAGUGGGCUGUGGGUCACUUUUAACAAUUGGGUGACCCACAACAUUAUCCCAUGCCCUACAGGACUCUGCCAGGCAGAUUUGCUCUCCUGGUACCUAUGUUGGUGUGAUGUCACCAAGGUGUUUGUGGUCCCUGUCCCGUAGGAGCCUGAAGCACAUACAGACACAGGGUCCAUUACAGUGGGAAACAUGUCGUGAGCUGGCCUAAGGAAGAGUCAGGGAGGGGACAAGAGUUUCAGAGGCCUAGGAGCACCACUGCUCCUCCUGCGCAGAAGAGGAAACCAGGAAGGGAAAUAAACCCUUCCUAGUCCUCAGGACAGUUUCCAGAACCAGGAACAGAGUUAGCAUUAGAAAUUGGAUCCAAAAAAAAAAAAAAAAAAAGAAAUUGGAUCCAAACUGGGAUCUCCAAGUUUGCUAGGGGUUCACAGUGUUGAGAGAGCUGUUGCUAACUUCCAUGUUCCCCACCUGGGAAGGGGCUGUGUACAGCUCCAUGCCCCCACAGGUGGCUCAAGCAGGGACAGCUUAGGGAUGGUGGAGAGUAACAAGUGACACCAGACCAGAGGAGAGACGGCUACAGUAGUGUUGCUGUGCCACCAUAGGUCAUGAACAGUCCUGGUCUUUGCUACUCACAACCCAGAGCCUUCUCUGCCUGUGGGCACUAGAGACUCAAGGACUGACUGCCCAUCCGUUUCAUCCCGGACAGCAACAGACAGCAGGUGAUGUCAGGCAGAGGGCAGGGUGCUGGUUAAACUCUGCCCAGCCUUGGGCAUCUGUCACAGACUCUUACUGGUCCUCAGGCUGGAGACAUUUACAGGACCAGGGGGGUGGGACUUCAGCAUCUCCCCUUGUCCCAUGCAUGCCACCAUCAUGGUACCAGAUAGCGGGUGAGUGGCCGGAAGAGGAUUUGAGUAAGACCCAGGCUUCAGACUCAGUAGUUUGGGAAGGGUCACACCCCCACAGACAUAGCAUUAACCCCUGGAAGACCCAAGGCCAGCAGCACCCUGGAUUUCCUUUCCCUCUCCACAGCCUCGCUUUCUUCCCACAUUCUUCUCCUUGGAGAGGGUUCCCCACAGCCAUGCCCUAUGGAACUGGGGUUCCCUUUUCCCUGUCAAGCACAAAAGAAAGUCUGAGAAACGUGGGUUCCACAGGAGUUUAUCACUGCAGGGACCCUUUGAGAGAAUCAUAUUUCAUUUACAGUCAUACAUAGAGUGAGAGAUUGGGAGCCCCAUCUUCUGCCUUCUGAGAUGACAUAUCCUGCGUGGUCACAGGCCAUCUUGCCUGGGCGGCACCCAGUCUGUCUAGGAUGUAGCAGUCGAGGGGUUAAUUUCCAGGGGACUGGCACCAGUCUCCUGCUCCAUCUGUCCCUGAUGAUUCUUGAUUUUCAAAGACUUGGGGUUCCAGGCUUUUCCCACUUGUUAUCCCUGGGGCACCUCUAACCUUGACCCAUAAAUCCUUUGAUCCCUAAAGAGUAUGAGCAGGAGUCCCCAGAGUUUAUGGAGGAUGAACUGGGCUAGCUGUCUCCCAGUGCUACCCCCUGACCUGAUAACUUCCUCCCACCCCCACCCCACCCCCCGGUGCCCAUGCCCUGGUCCCUCCCGCAGCGUUACUGCCUGUGUAUAGUAUAAAUAUAUAUAUUUUCUAUAUAUAAGAUGUAUAAUAUAAGGCUCCACAAUAUAUCUGUGAGUGUGUGUGUGCGCGCGUGCGUGUGUGUGGUGAAGGGCAGCCCCCCAACUUGGGCCCUGCUCUAGACCCUCCCCCACCUGGUUAAGCCUCUCCAGUGGACCCAGUGGCCCUGAGGCAUCCUCCUCUAUGACAUCCAUCCAUCUGUUGUGACCAAGUGAAGGUGGUGACUUCUGGUGACAUAGUAAUAAAGUGAAGACUCAACUCACCA